AUGUUACGGCAAGGUUGUGGAUUAUGUACAAGUGCUGGUAGUGCAAAUCCAUCGGAUGAUGAAAGAAUUAAUUUGAUUGACGCUGGUUGCAAAGAUUCUUGUAACGGUGGAAGUGGUUGGGAUAAUCCUGGUAAAGGAAAAUGUUGUAAUGGUGGCAGUGACGGCGGAUUGGAUUGUUGUAGUGAUGUCAGUGGGAGGGAUAAUACUGGUGGAAAAGAUUGUUCUAAAGUAGGUAGCGAGAAGGAUGGUACUGGUGAAGAUUCUCGUAGAUUGAAAACGGUUGGGAGUGACACUGGCGGUGAAGAUUCUUCUGAUGGUGUAAGUAGCGGUAACAAUACUGGCGGAGAAGAAUGUUCAGCAGGCAACAGCGAAGGGGAUGACAGUGGCAGUGAAGGUUGUCCAGAUGUUGGAGAAGACGGAGACAAUGCUGGUGGAGAAGAAUGUUCUUCAGUUAUUAGUGAAGGUAAUGACAGUGCCAGUGAAGGUUGUUCAGAUAUAGGAGAACAGGGGGACGAUACUGGUGGAGAAGAAUGUUCUGCAGGCAGCAUUGAAGGGGAUAACAGUACAAGUGAAGGUUGUUCAGAUGGGGACAAUGCUGGUGGAGAAGAAUGUUCUUCAGUUAUUAGUGAAGGGGAUGACAGUGGCAGUGAAGGUUGUUCAGAUAUAGGAGAACAGGGGGACGAGGCUGAUGGAGAAGAAUGUUGUGACGGCGGCAGUGACAAAUCUAAAUUGCAACUAUUAGUGGGGACAAAAGGAGCUGUAGAAACGGACGAUGAUGAUGACACAAGUAUGCCAUUCCAAUCUGGGCACUUGGACAAAAUUGAUGACGUAGAUGCAAUAGGGUCAGGUGAAGCAGAUGGAGGAGCAUUAGUAGCAUCUGGUCGGGCAGUUGGAGCAGGAAGUGAUGAAGCACAAGGAGGGUCUGCAGGAGAAGGAGCUGAUACAGUGGUAGGUGGAGCAGAUGUAGCAGGAGGCAGAUCAGAUGGAGGAGCAUUGGUAGCAUCUGGUCGGGCAGUUGGAGCAGGAAGUGAUGAAGGGGUAGCAGGAACAGGGUUAGGUAUAGGAGUAGUUGGAGCUGGUUCAAGAAGUGAUGGAGCAGAAUCAGUAGGGAUAAAGGAAGAAGAUCUAGACACUGUGGAGAGUUUGCUCAUCAAAUCGAACGAGGGAUACCCUUCCAUAAUUGUGGACUUAAAGACUGUCAGCGAUUUAUUAUGGAGCGAGGAGCCGGCUGCAAGUGCGGACACGGGAAUUUUAUUCUCCAGAAAAGAAUAG